GCAUAGAUUUGGAUUAAAACUCUUUCAAUUUUCAGUCACCAAAGUAGACGAGUACCAUUACAACUGUGGAAAAUGUCCAAUACACACCGCAGGCUUCAACGAUACGUCCCUCAACAAAAAAUUACGGAAAGUUAUGCCUAUAGAAAUGUUAAACAAAGUUCCCUGUGUGGAUUGCAAUAGUGGUCCUUUAUGUAAUACUGAAACGUUUUUUGAGAAACAAGUGUUUUGUUUGGAGAAGUUGGCAAAUGAAACAAAAAUUAUUAAAGGAGCAAAAGUUUGCAGAGAUAAAUGUUUUGUAGCAAGAAAUUUUACAACUGGGAACGGUACUUUACAACUGGACACUAUAUUGUACACCCAAUACAAGAUAGAUCAUUAUAGACAGUUGGCUUGCCAUUGCGUGUCUGCUGUAUGAGCGUUAUCCCCUAUAAGAUAUCCAACCGUCUAUAAGAUAAAAUUCACUACUUUCAAAGUUAUCGGUACUUUGUUCAUAUCCGGCCCCCCACUCUUAUUUGAGUCCCAUAUUAAUUUUUCCUUUUUACUGUCAAUUAUUUAUUUCCAUCAAACAUUAUAAGUAAAAGGCAAGUUAGAGGGGCAAAAUUAAAAAGGAGGCAUGUAAUCUGCAUUUCCAUUCAAAAUGUCAUAAUUUUGUUAAUCAUCGCUUGUCGUCUGUGUACAAAUUCAUUUCUGUAUUCUCAAGAUAUUUUCUGCGUGUCCCGCUUUGUGUUAUAUUCCUUCGUUUUGCCGACCUCCAAAGUCGUUCAAUGUUUUGCGUAUGUAUUUUUUUAUCUGUGGGAUUAAGGAAAUUUUUUGAGUGAUUAACUGUAAAAUGUGUAUAAAUAGGCUUCCAGUUUUUAUAAUCCGAGGAAUGGCAUUGUAUCCUUUCCACGUCUC